AUGGAAACCCUCAAAGCAACCGCGCAGACCCACCUCCCACCACUACGCGCGCCCCCCUCCCCAAAACACAUCCUCUCUCUCUACAGCAACUUCAUAACCAAGAACCAAUCUUCCGUAACACAAAUCGAAUCCGCCCUCCGCUCCCUAACCUACAUCAUCCCAGGCCGCUUCCGCGACGCCGAACUCGCCUCGGAAUCGCUGCACUCCUCUAUCCAACUCCUCUCCUUAUACCAUGACACACUACUUUCGCGCGCGGUCGCAAAAUUGCCAGGUAUGCCACGCCAACCACAGCAGCAGAGCAGCCAUAAUCGGUACACGAAGUUCUGGGUUGGGCAUUCGCGCUUCUAUCGCAGGGUUGCGACGGCCCUGGCGGUCGUGCAGUACACGCAGCUGCUAUGGGAGAUGAUGGCGAAGCGAAAAGGGGAACGGGUGCGUUGGCGAGUGGUGGUUAUAUUAGAACUUAUCAAGGCGGUGUGUAGGCUAUGUUUAUUGAAGAUCACGAAUUCGAGACCACUGGUAACGCCACCGCUGCCGGAAAGGGAAGUCAUUCCUGAUGUUGAGGGAGAGGCGGAGGGUGAGGAUGAUGGAAUUUUUGGGGAGGCGAGCAGUUUUGAGGAUGAGGGGUUUAGUGAGAUGAGUGAGAGGGAGAGGGAGAAGAGGCCGAGAGGGGUGGAGAAGGAGUAUAGGAUGAAGAGGACGGGGUUGAGUUUACCGUCACUGCCGAACCCGAGCGAUAUCUCGAGCUAUCUGCUCUCGAAGGUCCUCACGGCAGACGACAUCAAGGCGCCGAACGCGUUGUUGAACAAGACUGUUGGUUCGGCACAACUAGCAGAACUCCUGCAUAUCUUACAGCCGGUCGUAUAUGCCAUCGCGAUGUCGCGGAGCAGGGACAAGAAGAAUUGGCAGCCGUGGCUGAUAGGUUUGAGUAUCGAGUACGCGGCUAGGCAAUUAAGGAAGGAUGGUUUGAGGACUACGGCACUAGAAAGAGAGCAGUGGGGUAAGAGGGGGUGGGCGAUGGGCUGGUGGGCGAUGCGUGGUGCAUUCUAUGAGAAUGUCACCAAGGGGUUCUUGCAUAGUGCUAGUGAGAAACUACCUAGUCUGGUGAGUGGGGUGUUGGAUGAUUAUUUGUAUUUGUGGGAUGGAUAUUACUUCAGUACUAGCUCGGAGUGA